AUGGUACGACACGAAGCCCCCGUGAAGCUAGAUUCUGUGGGCUUGCUUACCCUUGUCGACCGUUACGACGUGCCACCGACGGCGGUAUCUCCGUCGGCUUGCGGGGGCGAUGAUGGCGAGGAAGUCUCCGUCAUCCUGGCCGGUUCCGAUCCCAUCGGACGCGUGAGCCUUAACAACACCGCCGUCGCCCGGGAGGCUUUGUUGUCCGGCAACGGCGGCGGCGGCAGCAGCAGCGGCAGCGGGGGGGAGGGAGGACACGCCUGCUCGCACUCGCACGAGGGGCACCACCAUCAUGCGAACGGGCACCACGGGCAUGCGAACGGGCACCGGGACGAGGAGGAUCCCGGCAACGGUCACGGCGAUGCUUGCUGCAGCCAUGGUGGGCAGAACGGGGGCUCCUACGCCCACGCGAAUGGGCACGGUGACAAUGACGGGCCCGAGAUGAAGAAGGUCCAUGGCAAGCACGGUGCCGCGGCAGUCGGCGGCGGCUGUUCCGGGGAGAGCCAUGGGCACGAGCACCAUGUCCACGGGCAUCACCACGAUGAUGUGGACAGCGGCGACGGCGACGGCUGCUCGCACUCGCACGGGCCCGCUGACGGGGGCGGGGGUUGCAAGGGGCACGGGCAUAGCAUGAACCUGAUGGCGGUGUUGGUGCACGCCAUCGCGGAUGCGGUUUCUUCUGGUGUCGUUUGCGCUCAGGGCGUCGUUGCGUUCAUUUUCGGCAGGUCUGGCGUAGAUUGGACGGACUACCUCGACCCGCUGACGAGCAUCGCCCUGUCGGUCUUCAUCGUCUACUGCGCUCUUCCGGUCGUGAAGGAGUGUGCCCAUGUUCUCCUGGAGGGGACUCCCCGCAGCGCGGACCUGCCACGUCUGAGAAAGGAACUCUUAAAGGUGCCAGGAAUAUCCAAGAUCCAGAGCCUAAGCGUGACCCAACUCAACAGCGAGGAACCGUUCGUGGCCGCGGUCACAAUCGUCGCCGACCCCGAAGUCGGCGGCGCCUCGACAAAAUCGGCAGAAAGGUUGGGAAAUGGCGGGGUGGGGGCAGCGCAGACGAGGCGAGGUGGGGCAACGGGCUUGGUUGAGGCCGUGAAGCUAGUGUUGGGGAGCCAUAACAUCGGCCGAAACACGGUGGAAGUGGUGCUGCGGCAUAGAGAUGACGCGGCGCGCGGCGGCGCAACCGAGGGGACGCCGCCGAAGAGAAAUCGGGAGACGGGGAGGCAGUUGUGCGGGGUUGAGAGCGAUGGUGGUGGACACGAGGCGGAACGGGGGGCGGGCGGUAGGGCCGGGUUAGAACACGAUCGGCGUUCUCACGGACAAUGUUCUGGGCACGGACAUUCGCACUCGCACUCGUCGAGAGCGGUCGACUUGGUGUAGUUAGACCCUCUACCCUGCUCCCCGUUUCUUCACGUUGUUUGUUGUAAACCCUGCCAGGGGUAACAUUCUCGGCGAACAGGCGAUAGGGAUGGAGGUCGCGGCGGGAAUUUCGUUUUUUGCUUUGAGGUGUGGGUGUCCGUGGUCCGUGAAAAUGGUGCAUGUCCUUUGUUUUACGAUUUUCUGUGGGCUGUGUUGUGCCGAAUUGCUUUCCAGGGGGAGGAGGGUUUUUAGUGGAGUUUUCGACCAACGCUGCUGCUGCUGCUGCUGCUGCGGUGUUGGUUUGGAGUGGGUGAAGAAGACGAUGCGUCGGGCCGUCCCGCGGCUGUGUGGUGGUCCGCGAGAUUGUAUGACCGGACUCUGUUCAAUCAGCCCCCUCUGUUAGGCCACCCAGUCGCUGUGACUGUUUUGCUUUUUUUGUGGGUUUGAGGGGGGCGCAGCGGGAGGGGGGCGCGGAGGUCUGUUGUCGCCAGUCUUGCUAUGAUCCAUCUGCAAGUUUUGUUGUUCCUACUUGUACACGGUGGGGGCGGUUGUGAUCGUUGGCCCUGGCUUGCCAUUCAUGUAAUGUACAGGUCGGUCGGUGUGUCUACAUCAGUUCAUAUAUUUUUUUGUUUUUGGCUUGUUCGCCAUCGCACCACGUCAAGUCUUUCGUACCUCGAUACAAGUGGCUCUUGAGCGUGAGAGCAAUGACGACGGUGUCUGAUGUGACUCCUGUGCCGCCACAAGUUGUGUCCCUAUUCUCCUCUUGCACGUUGAUAUCAGAGAUACAUAGAAGCCGAAAUCAAACCAUUAGACUGGUAGACUGAAUAGUCAGCGCUGACUGCCGUAUAUGACACAAGAUAACACACCCCAGUGAUAGCAUUUUGGAGUUUGAAAAUACUGUCACCCGGUGUGGUAUCCUGUGGGGUGUGUGUUAUCUUAUGUACCCCGGGUGAUAAAAGUGCAGCUCGCAGGGGCCCCUGAGGGGGUGUGAUAGCGCGUCCGAAAACCCACAGCGUGUGUUUGGGGGUGUGAUAAAUGAGGGGGUAUGACAAAGGGGGGUGUGAUAGCACGUCCGAACAGCCACAUUGUGUUCUUUGGGGUGUGAUAAAUGAGGGGGUGUGAUAGACUGCUUGUAGAGAUGAACCGCUGCUGCCGCACACUUGAAAGAAGGGUGUGGUAUUGCACAGGCGUGAUAGGCCAAGGGUUGAUUUAGUACAGUACGUACUAAACGUACUUUCCAGUAUUUCAGUACAGUGUAAGGCCUAUUAUCGGGGUUUGUGUAUGGCUCUCGGUAGUGCUAAGCGCAACGGUGCGUUUAGAACAGCUUUGGAUACUGUACUCUAGUCAACGCAAUAGUGCGUUAAGUGAGUGUGUUGUGUUUUCGUCCUAU